AUGAAACAAGAAAUAAGAAACGUUGUUUACUGUUCCCACAUUGCUCCUGCGCGUUUGAACAGUGGCGACAUAAAUGACAACAUAAGCAGCAUUCAGAUCGACCCGGAAACUGGUGAUGUAGUUUUGCGCGACGACAUUGCGGGCACCUCGCGGUUUCGUUUUGACAGUGUGACGUACUACCCGUUUCACACCACGCUGUACGAGGCCGUGCUGGGGCACCGUGUGGCGGAGAGCUUUGGAAGCGACCGUGCGUACUUGUGUGACUCACCGCCGGUAUCUAUGCACAGUGCCAUCAUUCACGGCUCCUCUACUGCACACACCAUGGAGCUCUUUCACACGUUGGUGCUCACGGCCGUCAGUCACGCUUUUGAGGUGAUCAACGCUACAAACGACGCUUUACCUGUACAGCUACAGUACAGUAUAGUACGUGUUUAUUCGUGGGGUUUGACAGACCUUUUAAGUCAGCGGGUUGUGUCAAACAGCUCGACAGGAGUAAUCGCAGAGGACUCCAGUAUUUCGUACCAACACCACAUCAAACACAACGUUGUGACCAGCUCCGAUGAUCCAGUUUUGAAUAAUUGCUUGGAAGAGGCAUUACUUAAUCAAACCGAAGGGUCCAUUAUAGUGACUCUUUUUAACCAGUAUACGAAUACAAAUAGUUCCGGGAUCUUCACAAUUGCGUUGCUUCCUCACCUAUACCAGGGCGAUCAAAAGAUUCAACUAGAUAUGCACACGCUGCGAGACCUCCUUGCCGGACACCCUUUGUCAUGUGAUAGACCUUGCUGGUUGAUAAGUCACCUUCUCCCGACAGAAGUAGUGAAUAGCGUAACCCUUAUUACAUGUAUUUGCGACGAACCGGAACAACAUCAGGAGAUAUACCGUAGCUGUAUGUAUGGUUGUCGUAAAGAAAGUGAAUAUCAUCGCCAUUUACAGUUACCUAAAGUACAUCUCCCACCAUACAUGCAAAACAAAAAACAAAUUUGCUUUGAGAUAAAAACGGAGGAACAAGACGAUAGUAUACUUCUCUCCAAGUCGAAUAUUAAUUGGUACUCUACCAAGAGUAGCUCAGAUAACCAAUAUUUACCCACACACACCUGUAAUAUAACUCACAUUACACAGAGCCACAAACAAUCUCCAUUGUACCAGAAAGAAAACAUAAAAAAACGAGUGAAUGAGAAUAAGGUACGUCUGCUAGAAGCUGAAGAACGUGUGAACAAGGCCAAAGAAUAUGCACAAGCCACUGAAGAGGCUAUACAACAGCGUGUUAAUGAAGCACAGAAAAAAAUGGAAAUUGCCCAACGUCUUGAGGAAGAGUUACAAGAACGUGUAGCUAUGGCUGAGGGGCGGGUAGCAGAAGCAGAAUGGCGUGUUAGUGAAGCCAACCAGCGAGCUGCGGCUGCCGAAGAAGCUGCACGACGACACGAUAGUAACAACAAAAUCAAGAUAGAAGCUGCGCGUUCCCUAGAAACAGAACUAAAGGAGCGUGUUCGCGAAGCUGAGGAACGGGCAAAAGCUGCUGACGAGGCUGAGGAGAACGCCCGUCGCCGUAUUGCUGCGGCCAAGAGCAAGGAGGAGGCUGCAUGCUCUCAGGAGGCUGAACUGGAGGAACGUGUUCGUGAGGCU